CAACCGCCGCCCGAUACGGUCACACCGCUCGAGAAGUAGAGAAAAAAGAAGGCGACGAAUCACAGGCAGCAAGCAAAAUCGACGCCGCACGUACCGGGAGCAUUUAAAUAAUUUUUUCUGUGGAUUAAUUUAACCGAAAAGGCUUCAACACAAUGACUGAGCGCGAGAACAAUGUGUACAAGGCAAAGCUUGCCGAACAGGCUGAGCGCUACGACGAAAUGGUGGAGGCCAUGAAGAAGGUCGCCUCCAUGGACGUAGAGCUGACCGUCGAGGAGCGAAAUCUGCUGUCGGUGGCGUACAAGAAUGUGAUUGGAGCACGCCGUGCCUCGUGGCGCAUCAUCACCUCGAUCGAACAGAAGGAGGAGAACAAGGGGGCCGAGGAGAAAUUGGAGAUGAUCAAAACCUACCGCGGACAGGUGGAGAAGGAGCUGCGCGACAUCUGCUCGGAUAUACUGAACGUGCUCGAAAAGCAUCUCAUUCCAUGCGCCACAUCCGGCGAAAGCAAAGUAUUCUACUAUAAGAUGAAGGGCGACUACCAUCGCUAUCUGGCCGAGUUCGCCACCGGCUCGGACCGCAAGGAUGCGGCAGAGAACUCGCUGAUUGCCUACAAGGCGGCCAGCGAUAUUGCCAUGAACGAUCUGCCACCAACACACCCCAUCCGCUUGGGCUUGGCAUUGAACUUCUCGGUGUUCUACUAUGAGAUUCUCAACUCGCCGGACCGCGCUUGCCGCUUGGCGAAAGCCGCUUUCGAUGAUGCCAUUGCCGAGUUGGAUACGCUGAGCGAAGAGAGCUACAAAGACUCGACACUCAUCAUGCAGCUGCUGCGCGACAACCUCACAUUAUGGACGUCCGAUAUGCAGGCAGAAGAAGUAGACCCCAACGCAGGUGAUGGCGAGCCCAAAGAGCAAAUCCAGGAUGUUGAGGAUCAGGACGUGUCGUAAUUUAAGUAAACCCCCGCCCUUCCAUUUAAAACACAUUAUAUACCUUCUAAAGUAAAUAUAAUACCAUAUAAUAUAUAUGCAUACAACAACAACAAAAUCAACAACAACAAAAGCAACCACAACAACACGACAGCAACUUCGAGAACAACAACAUGGAACCAAUGCGGCAACAACAACUUCCCGGCAACGACGACAACCAUGGCAGUCGAUUUACCACAACAGCAGCACCCGUAUGUGAAUCAACAUAUUUGCAACAUGAAAACAACAAGCAAACCAGCAGGACCACAAUUUGUCAUCAACAAUAAACAGCAUGGAAAACAACAGCACAAAAACAGAAAAGAAAAAAACAACAAACCAAGCUAAAUGUUUGAAAAUUGGGCGGCCUGGUGGGCGUGGCGCGGCUGUUGCUGCGGCCCAGAAUCGAAUCGCAACAUAAAAAAUUCGCGGUACUAUUAAGUUGGCGUCGCUUCGCAAAUUGGCUCCUUAACGUUAGAAAACUGCAACAUCAAGUCUACUACAUUUGAAUUUUUUGCAUUCGAGAAACCAAGCAUUUUAUUAUAUUUGAAUAAAUAUUAUAUUUAAUUAUGAGAAGAAAAACAAAACAAAUAAAAUUCAUUUAAACCACAAAACACCUUAAAACAACACAAGCAGGAAAAGAACGAAAGUCGAAACACUAAACGAAAAUUGAGUAACAAUCACACGAGUAAAUCACAAAGCAAAUUUCAUCGAGUUGGCAUGCAUUAAUUUUUAAAACAAACUUUAAAUACGACAGCAACACGUAAAAUACAACUUUAAUUUUAAGCCAAUAAUAAACGUGAGAACGAGGUAAUAAAAACGAAAAACCAUUUAAUAAGCGCAAAAGUAAAAGUAAAACAUAAAGUCGAAAAUGUAAGGAAAAAAUACAGCAAUUAAUUUAAAUUUAAUACAUGAAUAAAACGUAAAUGGAGUAAACGAAA